GUCUCAUUCAUCAUUCAUCAUUCAAGCAAUUUGCUAUGAUGAGGAAGAUUCCUCGUCGAAGAGAAGAUUAUCUAUCUAUCUGGGUUAAUUAUUACCCUUUUUGAACAAACCAAAAUAGAUCAAAUGCAAACUCAUGAUGAUUCACCGUUCAUCCAUCUUCAACAGAAGUAGAACCCAAAGAGCUAGCUAGUAUAACUCUACAUAGAUCACUUCAGACUUGAAGAUCGAUCCUAAAAUGGACAAGAGAUUGCGUAAACACCCAGUAAUCUGUGAACAAGAUCAGUUCAAUUGCAUGAUGGGGCUUAUCAGUAUGCUCGAUUUCCGCCGCCAACGUCGUCUAAAUCAGAACCUGCUUUCAACCCAGAAACGCCGCAACAGCGUCGUUAAUAACAAGGAUGGUUUCACUCGAGGAGGAGACUUGAAGAGUAAAGUUUAUUUGCCAAACCCUUGUGUAAAAUCGGAUCAAGUGGAGGAAUCAGUCAAGACAAAGAAGAAGGUAAGAAGGGCUUCUCGUGGAGGAGAUGAUCUCGAGUUACCGGUUUAUCAAUGCAGAGACGAGGCAACUCAUAAUUCUACCGAAAAAUUCUCGAAAGCAGUAGAGGUUCUAAACUGGAACAAAGAGUUAUGUCUUAAGCUACUCCAAGAUCCAAACUCACCCAAUUUGCAGGAUUUACAAACAAAAGCAGGAAUCGAGGAGGUGGAGGAAGAGAAGAAGAUUAAGUAUGACAAUCUCUUGAAGAAGAUUAAGAAUGAUAAACAUGAACAUAACAGUGCAGUUGUGGUUAUGAAGCCAAGGCCAAGAACUGUGGCUAUUUCAGAAGAUGUAUCAUGUAACUGCUCUAUCAACACUCACCAUAGCUUGCGUAAAGGACAGCAAUCUUCUAAACCGGUUACAUUCUCGAAAAGUAUCAAGAAAAAAUGCAGUAAAGAGGAGGAGACUUGGAAGACUGCCAUUAGAAUGGAAGAUAAAUCAAAUUCCACUAUUGAGAAGAAUAAGAAGAAGACAGAAAAUGCAUGUCAGGUUCUUUCAAUUGUCAAUGAUUCCAAACAAAAACAAUUUGACAUAUAUUUGGAGGCCAAAAGGCACAUGUCUCAGAGACUAAGGAAUUUGGUCCAAGAUGGCGCCUCUUCAAGCCAAGAACAGCCGAAAACCCUAAGGAGGAUACUCUCUCUGCCCAAACAGGAAUCCCCCACUUAUCAUCAUCCUCCCAAAGAACAAAAAUUAGAAGAUCCCACCAAAACUGCUGCUGCUGAUGAUCAGUUAGGAGUGUCGGAUACAGACAAGGAGAAGAGGAUUGUGAACGAAAAUGGCAGUUCAAGUAGCAGCUGCAAGUUAAGCUCAGGAAUGGGGAAACGAGAAUCUGAAGAAUGGGCAAGUGGUGGUAGGGAAGAGCAUCCAAGUCCAGUUUCUAUUCUUGAGCCAUUCUUCACUGACUAUCUCAGUAGCCCCUCUACUCCUGGAUCUCAAUCGGCUAAUUCUUCCAUGCUGUUACUGCCUCAUCGCCUCGACUUUGAAGAAUACUCUAGUGCUACUAUCCUUUCAUCUCCAGCUCCGAGUGGCAUUCUAGGAACAUGUUUGGAUGACUAUGAAGAUGACGAUGGUGGUGGCGAAUCUGAUAGGAUCUCCAAGUAUGUUAAAUCAGUUCUGCGAUCUUGCCCAAUGAACUGGGAAGAUAUCUUCUUGAAAAUGGACAUGUCAGGAAAUGUGUUGGACCAAAUGUUCUUCGAUGAAUUGGAACUUUGUCCUACAGAUUCUUAUUGGAAACACAAGGUCCUGUUUGAUUGUACAAAUGAAGCUUUCUUGGAUACAUGUCGAUCCCAUUUCAGCUCACUUGCAUGGCUUUCGGGAUUUAACAAAGAUUUGUUUGUUGUUGAUCGUGAGGUUGUCGAAAGAGUAAACAGGUACUUUGUUCAUCACCCAAUGCCACAGACUUUGCAAGAUCUUGUCACGGACGAUGUGAUGAAGACGUGGAAAUGGAUGGAUCUUGGCUUCGAUAUUGACUGUGUUGCGUUUCGGAUAGCUGAUUUUAUUCUCGCUGACUUGAUAUUCGAUAUAAUUUAACUGAGUUUUUCGAAGAUUGAAUAAAUUUAUUUGAUUUUGUACUGAAUUAUUGUUGUUGUUAUUAUUAUACAGUAUUACUAAGUACUCUCCUAAGAGAAAAAUAUGAAUAGCAAAUAGUUUUUCUUUUUAAUUGAGUUGAGAGUUUA